CAAUUUUGUUUGUGAACUCCAGCUCAGUGUAGGCUAACAUCUGUUCUUCUCUGGCUCCACAACAGAACAACUGAGCCGCGAUGUAAAGACGGGUCAAAAGAUCACUGCCCUCCUUUCUUUCUGUCUCUCUCUCUCUCUCACUCUCUCUCUCCAGUCCUCCCUAGAGAGAGAGAGAGAUAGAAGGAGAGAGAGGGUGCGAGAGAGGGAGAGGGAGCGAGAGUGAGAGAGAGAGAGAGAGAGAGAGAGAGAUGCUGCUGUUUUCCUAUUGUGCGCCAGGGCUUUACGAGGAUAGGAUAGGGCAGCGAUGAAAACGCGCACCUGCUUUAGAGGCAUUACGGUAGCGCAGCAAACUGUCCCCCCCUCUCCGCCCCCCCCUUCCGAAACACACACACAUACACAUACGCACACGCCGAGCCACAGUGAUUGAACCCUGAUUUUCAGAGAACGAGAGCGCACCAGUCGGGAUGCCAAAAAAGUGAGGACCGCUGGAGACUUUUUCUCGUCCUUUUUCUCGGCACUGACGAAGUGUUGAAGCGACAGCCGCGGACGCGAACGCAACGAAAACAAGAGUCGAGGCAGCGCGCUUUUCUCCCUGGCAACUUGCGCACACGUUGCCAGAGUUUUAGCGGCAGUAUUGUUCCGACUUCACUCCAGAGGGGCCACUCCGAGGAGAGAGGACGCACACAAAAGGGAAGAGGAAAGGACUAACGAGCAGCGCUUUGUCGUCCAAAACUAAUGGUCCUGCGCUCUUAGACACCACAUUUCCUUGUCUCUCGUUCUCUCUCUCUCUCCCUGCGUCUACUCUGCUUCUUUCCUUUUUUUUUUGUUUUUUGUUUUUUGUUUGUUUUGUUAUUUUUCAUCCCGUCGGUUUGGGUCCCCUCCUUUGUCGCCGCGAGAGAGCGGAGGAGCCGGGGGUUCGAGGAGAGGAGCAGAAGCGAAGGGCUGUCCACAUGGUCCGAGCCCUGGCGUGAAAGUUGACUUCUUCAGAAAACAAGAGGAGAACAGGUGCCAGUGAUGAUGGUGGAAUCAGCCUCUGAGACAAUUCGAACAACGCCGUCCAACCAGAACGGAGUCAGCAGCCUCACCAGCCAGUCAGAUGGUGGGGGCGGCAGAGAGGGCGGGUCUAACGGUGACACCAACGGAGAGAUCAGUCCAGUCGACUUCCUGCACCUGCAGCAGCAGCAGGCGAUCCAGGCAGCCAGACAGUUCCUCCUACAGCAGGCCUCUGGACUCAACUCCCCUGGCAACACCGAGGUCAAGCAGAGCCCUGUGCAGGUACCGGUGUCCAUGGCAAUGAUGAGUCCACAGAUGAUCACUCCUCAGCAGAUGCAGCAGAUCCUGUCUCCUCCCCAGCUCCAGGCCCUGCUGCAGCAACAGCAGGCACUGAUGCUCCAGCAGUUACAGGAAUACUACAAAAAGCAGCAGGAGCAGUUGCAUCUCCAGCUACUGACUCAGCAGCAGCAGCAACAGCAGCAGCAGCAACAGCAGCAGCAGCAACAGCAGCAACAGCAGGCUGGAAAGCAGGCAGCGAAAGAGCAGUUAGGCAGUAAGCAGCUGGCCUUCCAGCAGCAGCUGAUCCAGAUGCAGCAGCUUCAGCAGCAGCAUAUCCUCAAUCUCCAGAGACAGGGCCUGGUCCCCAUGCAGCCCACUGCCGCCAUGCAGUCUCUGCAGCAAGCAAUGUGUCCGUCAGACCUCCAACAGCUAUGGAAGGAAGUGUCAGGGGUGCCGAGCAGCGAGGAGGCCCUGAAACAGGCCGAAGGCCUGGACCUGAGCACCAACAGCUCCAAUUCUACCUCAGCCUACCCCAAAGCUGCCAGCACUCACAUCCAACUGCACAACCUGCCCAACGGACAGAGCCACACUCCAAAGAGGGACAGGUACGACAGAGCCCGACUGUUUGAGUGGAUCUCCUCCUUCACCAAGGCAGACAGCGGAGAUGACCAUAUCCCUCCAUACUCCAAAGGAAGUCAACAACCCCCCAGCCAUCACGAGGAACACGCCAGCUCCCAUCCUCUGUACGGCCAUGGAGAGUGUAAGUGGCCGGGAUGUGAGGCCCUGUGUGAAGACAUGGGACAGUUCAUAAAGCACUUGAACAACGAGCACGCCCUGGACGACCGCAGCACGGCUCAGUGCAGAGUCCAGAUGCAGGUGGUUCAACAGCUCGAGAUACAGCUGGCAAAAGAGAGCGAGCGACUCCAGGCCAUGAUGACCCACCUGCACAUGCGCCCCUCGGAGCCAAAGCCUUUUAACCAACCUCUGAACCUGGCUUCCAGUGGCUCCCUGCUGAAGAGGGACAGCGAAGUCUACCCCGAGGGUCUCCCCCAUCCUCCCACCUCCGCUGCCACCCCCAUCACCCCACUGCGUCAGGGACCCUCGGUCAUCAGCUCCUCCAGCCUCCACUCACACUCCCACACGCACGGCGUCGGGCCCAUAAGGAGGCGCAACUCUGACAAAUACUGCACCCCCAUCGCCUCAGAGCUGGCUCAGAACUGUGAGUUCUACAAGAACGCUGAUGUCAGGCCUCCCUUCACUUACGCCUCUCUUAUACGUCACGCCAUUCUGGAGUCUCCGGAACGACAGCUGACUCUCAACGAAAUCUACAACUGGUUUACGAGAAAGUUUGCCUACUUCAGGAGAAACACAGCUACGUGGAAGAAUGCUGUGCGCCACAACCUAAGUCUGCACAAGUGUUUUGUUCGUGUGGAGAACGUGAAGGGGGCAGUGUGGACCGUGGAUGAAGUUGAAUACCAAAAGAGGAGACCACCAAAGAUGACCGGAAGUCCCACUCUGGUGAAAAACAUGAUUUCAGGCCUGGGCUUUGGUUCCCUCAACGCCAGCUACCAGGCGGCUCUGGCAGAGAGGAGUCUUUCCCCGCUGAACAGGGCCCUGGUGACACCUCCAUCUGCAGCCAGCCUCAACAUGCUGCACGUGGGCCACGACGACGUCAGUUCCACUGUAGAGCAGGUCAACAGCAACGGCAGCUGCAGUCCGACGCUCAGCCCCCAUCAGUACAGCCACCAGGUGCACGUGAAGGAGGAGCCCACUGAGUUGGAGGAGGACGGUCGGCCCAUGUCCCUCCUAGCUGGAGUCACACACAGCCUGCCGUUGCCAAGCGAUGAGCGUGACCUGGAGGAGGACCUUCCCACGGAGGAGCUGGAGUAGGACAGGUCCAGAAUGGGCCGGAGGGAUGAGACACAGCUGGAUCCAUCCCCACCAACCCUCUCAUCAGUACGAAGAGGAGAGGAGUACGCUUAGAAGAGAAGAGAGACGAGCAGAUAAAUGAAAAGAAUGAUUUUCUUUUUUCAUUUCUUUCUUUUUUUUAUUUUUAUUUUUUAUUGAAACCAACCAAGGACGACCUUAAGAAACUCCAAACAGGGUUCGAUGACGACCGUAACUUUGAGACACAAAAGACUGGAGCGCUGCUUUACCUCCACGUGUUCCUUGGUCUACACUUGGUCAACACUUGGUCAACACUUGGCUCCGAGGUAGAAGACCACUUAAGACAAACUCACACUCGCCUGCACACAGAACCACUCUUUCACGUGUUGUCCUGCCUGGUGACACGUAUUUUCUUUUUUUCUGUGAAGACACUCCUACAGUAAAACCACCCACUACUCUUUGUACAUCCUCUCCUCCUCCUCCUCCUCCUCCUCCUCCUCCUCCUCCGCCUCACUGCUCCUCAGGCUGCUCGGAGCAGCGGUCCCACCUGUAGGGGACAGUUGAGGAGACACACCAGUGUGUCUAGGAAAAUAAAAACACAUUGGGUGAUGUGUAUAUAGAUUUAGGGCAGUCGUCAGGGGCUGUGCUGGAUCCUUCUUACUCCUCCAUCUCCCCCCUCCUCCUCCUCCUCCCUUUGAGUCGAUUACUUCACUUUCAUUUGAUUUAACUGAGAUGAGACUGUUGGGCUUUAAGAUCGACAGACAAACGUAAGCGUGCUUUCAAAGUUACCUCCAGCAGUUCUCCGAAAACAUCUGAUCAAGACCAGGUUCCUGUCCCCAGAUCUGCACACCUUUUUCUUUGUCGAGGCUGAUGCAGCAGAGACGACGGCCGCGGUCUGGGUCCGAACAUCUGCCCCAGCAAGACACUUCACGAUGGACAUGGGUUUGAACUCUUUGCUUCAAAGUAAGGAAUAACAGACACUCUUUGACCCGGCUCCAUCCCGACACUAUAAUUAAUGCAGGAAUAGGACAUACGGUGCUGUCCUUCUCCCUUCUCUGUGCACAGACGGAGUCUUGAGCUUGGAACACUUUACGAACAAGAAGAAGAAAAAACAGAUUGAAAAAAAAGAGGGUGGAGGCAUCUUCAGAAAUAUUGUGAGUAAAAAAGAAAAACUGUUUAUGACUAUGGAAUAUAACAAGAAAAAAAUGUGUGGUAGCUUUUUGUCAUUUCCUUUUUUUAUUUGAUGAUAUGUUGAUGAUGUUAUCAUUUUUGAGGAUCAAUAUUUUCACGGUGACGUUCUAUUUCAACGAUCUAUCUCUAAGAAUGCUGUUUUUUUUUUUUUUUUGCUGUUGUUUUUGUGUUGUAAUAUGUUUGAUUUUUUUUUUUUACUCUGCUUGUUCACACCAUUCCAUAAGAGUAUUGGCAGAAACAAAAAGAAAGAAAAGAAAGUGCAGUAUUGUCCUAACUUGUGAUCCCCGAACCAAACUCUCGUCCUUCUCCCCGUCUGUCCCCAGUGUAGCAGGCAAGAAAUUUGGAGAUAGCACUUAAAGUUUUCAUUUUCCAGACAUUAUUAUUUAACGGCCAAAUUUUUUGUUGUUGUUAUUCUCUCUCAUUCACUUGUUUUUGGUUGUGUAUUUAGUUGAGAAGUAUCAAUAAUGCUUUAAAAAAUAUAAAUAUAUUAUGACUGCAGUCAGAGAAUACCUCAUCCCACAAAGGUUCUGUCCAAAUUGAUAAAAAAAAACAAAACACGGGGGAAUUCUUUUGGUGGGACACCACAUGUGGCAACUCUGCUCAGUUUCAGAUACAAAGUUUUAUGGUUGUUCGAGUUACUGUGUAGAUGUUACCUACAAUUCACUGUGUGAGUUUGUGUUAAAGGAAAAGCACGAAAGAUUUUCUUUUCGUUUGUUUACUACUUUUCUGUGAGCGUAAAAGCAUUACAUUUCUCUACAGUGCCAUACCAAAUCUAACAUGUAUUUUAUUCUGUUAUUCUGCUUGUUCCCUUUUAUUUUUGUUACAGGUAACCAAAGAAAUGUGUAGAAAACCAAAAACCCUGUAGUUUAUUUUUAUUUUUACUUUUUUUGUUUGUUUGUUUUGGUUUUGUGUAGAACUGGCCAAAAGACAACAAACCAGGACGUUUGGAAUUCCUUUUUUCUGUAUUCUCAUAACUAUUGUGUUGAAACUAUAGGUAACUUACAGUGCUGACUGACCAUUCCAAAAACCAAAGUGUGCUAAGCCAACCAGACUUCGGAGACGUCAUAGCUUUUAUAUCCAUAACCGCAGUUAUGAAGAACUCACAUUAGGUGUCAGGCCAAAAAAGUGAAGCGUGAACCAACCGCACACAGUUCCUCUGCAAACGACAGAAAAAAACAGAAAUUAGAUGUUAAAAAAAACAAGUCUCAGGCUGAAUUAUGUUCUCAAACAAAUCUUCAGAUCGGCCCCUUUACACCAGAAGAGCAGACCCAAAUACGGCGCCCUCUUGGGGCAUCUUAGUUCCGUGCACCUUUUUUAAAAGUUCAAGAAGGCAAAACUGCCCUUGGUUUUAGGAGUCAUUUAAAAAGGUAGAACUGGAGGAUGUCUGCUGUAAAAAUGUUUACAUAAAAACCCAGAUGAAGAUAAUAAUAAGGAGGGGAAACCUAAAAAAUACACCAACGAGAAAAGGGCAACGGUGUUGUGUAGUUUAUAGUUGGGCUCAAAUCGCGGUGCUUUUAUUUUUCUCCAAACUUUAUCUUGCACUUGCAACAAUUAUUUCCUCUCAUUUAACGGAGAACAUUUCUAAAGGACUUUGUGUUCAAACAGGACCGUUUCUUGUCACAUUAGAGACUGAUUUCUAACUUCGUACCACGUGGCAGACGGACAUCUUGAAACCAGAUAAAAACCAAAUAAUAACACUACCUCCUGAGACUGAACCCUCUGAAAUAUUUCUCUUUUUUUUCUCUCUCCAUUCUUCCUUGAUGAUGAUAACAAUUGAUGCCAAAAUUAUGUUACACUCAUUGUAUGACUGACAAAAAGGAGCCAUUUUUGUGGUAUAGACCCCCCCCCUCCUACCCCCCCUCAAACUGAUCCGGUUCACGCCCAAAAACAAAGCGAAGAUGGUCUUUCUAUGGGACAAAAAAAAGUCUACCUCUCCUUCAGCCACAUCUACAGCACUCUCUCUGUGUCGCCAUGUGUGUGUGUUGUGUGUGAAGAGCUCGUUGUACAAAGUUGCGUUAACGCGACCGCGAUCUCUGCACCUGAGGAACGGCCGCUAAACUGUGUGUUUCCACCGUCCGUGUGCAUAUUAACGGUCUCAGCCAAUUAGAAAGUGGGUGUUAAUGGCUGUGUGGUGUUUACAACAGGCUGGUUGAUGAGCGGAAUAUGUCAGACACACACACACACACACACACAGACACACACACACAGGAAGUAUAUAAGCAGGGCUAUAGGGUUAGUGCAGACACACAUCCAAAGACCCACAGACACAAACUGUCACUCACUUAAACCCAUCACUACUAAACCAAGAGGAACUGCUGCAUACAGUACAGUACAGUACAGUACAGUACAGUACAGUACAGUACAGCACAGUACAGUACACAUCCAUGCUCUCUGACUUGUGCUUUAAGGUACACUUGUAAACAAAAGUGUUUUUCUAAAGAUGUAGAUUGUUCACAGGUGGCAACGUUAAGCGUCAGUUUUUUGUUUUUUGUUUUUUUUUUCCCAGCUCGGCAUAUCAUGAUGUAUUCUUGUAUAUUAGUGCUUGACCUUUCUCUCCGGAGCUGUUUUUUUUUUUUUUUCAUUGAAUUUCCUUUCUCCGUAUUGGGAUUUGUUUUUUGCGCUUCUUUCGCUGCACCUGUUUAGCUAUUGUAAAGCUUUCAGCUCUGAUUCCUAUACUGUACUGCUAAUGCUGAAGUAUAUGUAUUUAUCAUAUUAAGUGCUGCAGAUAUCUUGGUUCAAUAGGUUUCGUUUUCUCUUGUUGUUGUUGGUUUCCAUUUUUGGCUCUUUUUUUUCAUUAAACGUCUGGGACGCUGAUUUUUUUUUUUUAAAGUGUUGUAUCUCGGAAAAAAAAUUAAAAGAAGAAAGUUAGAUCAGUGGUUUAGGUAACACCAGUUUGUAUAUUUAUCUUAGCUAGGUCUAUUUUGAUACUUUUUUGUCUCUGUACUGCAUUUAUGAAUUUUUAAGGAAAGAAAAAAAACAAAUGGAAAACCAACUAAAAAGUUACUUCAUCCAAGUAUUGAUACCUCAGAAGGACUUUUUUUUCUCUAAGUCAGGACCAAAACCUCUAACAAGAAAAAGGAGAAAAAAACACGUCAGAAUAUGUAGCCCCUCUCUUGCUUUAAAAAUCCAGAUCUCUAAAAAAAAGGUGUUGGUCUUUUCAGGUGCCAAUAAAAGUCCCAGCUUCCUGUGACCCCAGCUCCCCCGUCCGUUGUUCUGAACUCAAGCAGGUGGAGUGCGGGCGUCACGGAGCCGUAGACGUGUCUGGUGGAGACCAGUUCUUAAACCGCAUGUCCCAGAUCAAAGAACAACACUGUUGCAUUUUUGAUACUCCUCCUCCUCUUGCGUUGUCUCAAUACCAAAAUGUGGAAUGUGUCUCAGAGAUGCAGCUCGUGCUCUGACUACCAAAGGUAUUGAAAGCAAACGUUGCUCGUUCCAAACUCCUGACUUUAACCAAACUGUAACCAAACCAAUGCUACCGAGUGAACCAAACGAACGCAAAGCUACUUCCAAAACUCUCCGAAUUCACCCAUCACCUUUGCUUGACAGCUGUUAUCUCUCGUACAUCCACGUGCUGGUGUUGUGGAAAAGAAAUCCCGGACAGUUCUUAGAGGUCAUUUGAAAGGGGAAUGGACUCUGGAGAGCAUUGCCUGAUGGUAUUAUUUGUCAGAAUCCAAUGGAACUACCACUUCAUUUUUCCUCUGGUUAAACCUAAAGAAUGUGUGUACAUUUUUUCAGCAGUGGCGCUCUCUGUAUUGUUUCUUAGUUUCAGUUUAUCUGCUUACCUCUCUCUAUCCUUUGAUUUUUUUUAUUUUUUUAUUUUUAUUUUUUGGUUUUGUUUCCUGUUAUUUGAAAAGGUGACCUGAGGAAGAGGCAGGGACAGAGCCUGGGUGACGGCUUUACACAGACCAUAGAGCCCAGCCCUCUGACCCUCCAGCCUGGGUAGCCAUGUAAUGCCAGUCACUGCCCUUUCCUUCAUGCUGUAUAAAAACACAAACAUAUAUCUGUGUAUUUGUAACCUGAAUCUUCUUGUGUCUGUCCACGCAGACAAUAAAAAAACUGUACAGUAGGUCUAGUUGCAUGUAAUCUGUACUAAUUAUUGACAAUGGCAUUAUAAAAUGCAAUAAAAUACUUAUUACACUGUC